UUGGUACUCAAAUACAUGCCCAAUGGGAAUCUUGAGAAGUGUUCGUACUCUCACAACCAUUUUUUAGAUAUGUUCCAAAGAAUAAACAUAAUGAUUGACGUUGCUUAUGCAUUCGAAUAUCUCCAUUAUGGUUAUGAUACUCCUGUGGUACAUUGUGACUUGAAACCCAGUAAUAUCUUGCUUGAUGAAGAUAUGGCUGCCCAUGUAAGUGACUUUGGUAUAACAAAAAUGUUUGGUGAAGGAGAAAGUAUUUUGCAUACCAACACCCUUGCAACACUGGGAUACAUUGCGCCAGAGUAUGGAUCAGAGGGGAUAGUUUCGACAAGAAUUGAUGUAUACAGCUUUGGAAUAGUUUUGAUGGAAGUUUUUUCAAGGAUGAGGCCUAGUGAUGAAAUGUUUUUGGGAGAUUUAAGCCUUAAAAGUUGGAUAGAAGAUUCUCUUCCUGAUGCACUUCAGGUCGUUGAUGCAAACUUAAUAAGGCCAGAGGAUGAGCAUUUCACUCACAAGCUGAAGUGUGUUUUAUUGAUCAUGAAUUUGGCUUUGAACUGCUGUAGAGAAUCUCCAAGAGAACGGAUGAACAUGAAAGAUGUUUUAGCAGAACUACUAAAGAUCAAGAACCAAUUUCAAUUUCUGAUGAUACAUACCGUUAGGUCUUGAUCGUAUCAGAAACAAUGCUUUGGCCAAUGCAAACGGAUAUUGCUGUAUAAUUUGUAAGCUUGAUUUAUUUUGAAGGCCAGAGAGA